CUUGUCCAACCCCUGGGGUCUCUUCGAGACUAUUGACUUUAGCCCAGAGCCUCAGCCAAGCUUCCAAUGGGGAUUUGUCAGGUUUCGUCUCAACUCCCCGCACAGCGCAGCUAAUGUAUACUGCUGUGGGCACUCAAUGAUGGAGUAGGGUCAGAGGUCAGCCUUACAAGAAGGAGGGAAGUUUGCUUCGAUUACCCUCAUCAUUCAUCCUGUAUCAUCCUUUCUGAGAACUGAGAAUAUCGAAGUCGAUAAAGAGUUCUGUGACCUAACCACGCCAUGGGGGACUUUCAGACGGUCUUGUCGUCACUUUUCUGGAUCGGCACUGUUAUCACCACACAGUACAUGCUCAGAGGACCUCUCCCGAUACUUAUCGACAUCAUGUCCAACAAGAUGCCAGAUAUUCUGUCCUCGCUUCCUCCCUCGCCGGCAUGGGCCCCCUUUUGGCGCACGCUGUUCCACGCAGCCCCACCAGCGUUCAGUAUCUGGUUCUGCGUCUGGAUGGCCGGGCUUCGCUACAACAUAGUCAUCGCACUGAUGGCGUAUGUAUCGAUUGGGUUUCUUGAGAUAGUUGAUAUAGUGUGGGAUGGCUACGAAGAUGGAUGGACAGAACUCCUGGUGACGGGAUGCCUGGGGCAGACGAUCGUUGUGUCCAUCUACACGGCGGCCAUCUUCUAUGUUCUUUCUUUCAGGCCUAGACGGUCAGAUCACGAGGUAGAAGCUGGUGCAACUGAGAAGGAGUGAUCUGAUAGGCGAUUUGCUCUUGGAUACCAUCUUGCGUCCGGAUCUUAUUAGGUUGUUGUUAUAAACGAUGACGUCGUUCUAGAAAGACGACGGCAAUAAGAUCCGGCCUGGAGAAUGUAUAGCUGAUGAACCGGGAAAAACGUUGGCACCGAGGUUAAAUUAGCCUCCAUGCAUUUCGACUUAACGAGCUGGAGGUCUUCGAAUAGACUGGCC